AUGGCCACAAAGGAGGAACGAAGGAGAUCGCGCACCUACAACUUCAGCGCUGGGCCUGCCACGCUGCCCACCUCUGUGCUGGAGCAGGCCGCGCAGGAAACGCUCAACUGGAAUGGCACGGGGAUGAGCGUGAUGGAGAUGUCGCACCGAGGGAAGGACUUUAUCUCCAUCUUGCACAAGGCCGAGAAAGACCUGCGCCAGCUCCUGAACGUGAGCGAUGGCUACAAGGUGAUGUUCCUGCAGGGCGGCGGCAUGGGCAUGUUUGCGUCGGUGCCGCUCAACCUGCUGGGCGACAAGACCACGGCCGACUACCUCGUCACGGGCAACUGGUCCGCCAAGGCCGCCGCGGAGGCCAAGAUGUACUGCGACGUCAACAUCGUGGCGGACGCCACCGACUCGGGCUUCACCACCGUGCCCGAGCGCUCGACCUGGAAGACCAACCCCUCGGCUGCCUACCUCCACUACUGCGACAACGAGACCGUGCAUGGCGUCGAGUUCCCUGCGGACUACUUUGCGCGGGAGGCGAACAAGGUCGACGUACCCGUCGUGGUGGACAUGUCGUCCAACUUCUUCUCGCGUCCCGUCGACGUCUCGCAGUACGCCGUCGUCUAUGGCGGUGCGCAGAAGAACGUCGGCAUUGCCGGUUUGACCAUCGGCAUCGUGCGCGAUGACAUGCUCACGGUCAAGGACCGAAAGGGAGGAAACAACUGGAAGGACUUCAUUCCCAGCGUGUUCGACUGGAAGAAGAUGGUGGAGAACGAGUCGUGCCUCAACACUCCGCCCGUCUACGCCAUCUACAUGGCCGGCCUCUGCUUCGACUGGCUGCUGAAGAUCGGCGGUUUGGACGAGAUCGGACGAAGGAACGAACGGAAGAGCGAGAAGCUCUACGCGUUCCUCGACCAAAGCAAGCUCUACCGCGCGCCCGUGACCAACGAGUUCCGUUCGCGCAUGAACGUGGACUUCCGGGUGCGCGCCGUCGGCUCUGACGGUGGCGAUGACAAGACGUGGGACACGGCGCUCGAAGCGCAGUUGGUGAAGGAGGCCGAGGCGCGGGGCCUGCUCAACCUCAAGGGCUACCGCACGGUGGGCGGCAUGCGCGCCUCGCUCUACAACGCCCUGCCCGAGGAGGCCAUCGACGAGCUCACUACCUUCCUCUCCGAAUUCGAGGACAAGCACCUCCACUGA